AUGGGAAAUAAAUUCAGCUCGCAUGAAAAUCUGAAUCCCCACUUCUCUUUUUCAGCAAUGUUCUCUCAAAGCGGUACAAACACCCCAGUUCCACAAUCAAGAAACGUGCCAGUUCCCAUACAUGACACCAUUGGUGAAUCUAUAACCUGGAUUAAUGAUUGGUUUUCUUUUGAUCAGGACGGACAAGGUGCUAACUCAUUACAAUUGAAAGGAUGGGUCAAGACAAAUCAGAGCCACAAAACUACAUCACACAAGUCGUUUAUCAAUUUAAAUGACCAGAAAUGGCAGUACUUGAAAGAGGUGAAAGAAGAGCAAUCUAUUUAG